CAACCAUUCGCAGAUGCCGUGUAACCUGAGGAAUGCUGACGGACAAUAAUUGAAGAACUGUUGCUACCCCCUCCGCUUAUUUUGCGCUCACCUCACACAGAUUGUUUGGGCACCAUGCCGCUGACAAUACUCUCGGACGCUGACGUCAAACGGCUCCUGCACUCAUUGACACAGCAGGACAUCCUUAACCUCCAGCAAUCACUCGGCGACGCGCUCCACUACUAUUCCACGGCGACGGACACAGAGAACGGGUGCUGCUCGACAUACCAGCCGCAGCGGACAUUCCUGAAGCGACGAGAUGGAUCAAUGACACUAUUCAUGCCCGCGAGCAGCAACGACGGGCUCGGGGUGAAGAUAGUGACGCUGGCGCAACCAGGCGGCGACAACGGCGACAACAACGACAACGGGUCAUCAGAAGACCUGACCUCGUCGGUCGCGUCGCUCUCAAUGUCAGCAGACAACGGAUCAGCGCAAGCGACGCCGCGGGGCUCGCUGACGUUGCUGGACGCGCAGGGCUUCCCGCGCGCGCUCAUCAACGCCGAGGAAAUCACGGCAUUCCGCACGGCGCUGGCGUCGACGAUGCUGUUCCGCAAGCGCGCCGACGUGCACGAGAUCACGGUGUUUGGGGCCGGCCGGCAGGCGUACUGGCAUAUUCGGCUGGCGCUGCUGCUGCGCGGCGACGCGAUCAAGUACCUCAACAUCAUCAACCGGUCGUUUGAGUCGGGGCGCGUGCUGCUGGACCGGCUGUGGGGAGGAGGAGGAGGACGAGGAGCGGGCGAAGAGCAUGACGGCGGCGGCGACGGCGGCGGCGGAGUGCGCCUGCAUCGCCCCGACACCAAGCUCGUGACGCCGCAGCACACGGAGUACCACCGGUACCUGAAAGCGACGGUGCGAGCCUCUGCGGCGAUCUUCCUCACCACACCGUCGCUGGAGCCGCUCUUCCCAGCCGAAUACCUGACGAGCGUGCAAGGCCGGCGCAAGGGCCGUUACAUCGCGGCCAUCGGCUCCUUCACGCCGCAGAUGAUCGAGCUGCACCCCGACGUGCUACGCCAGGCCGUGGCGCCGCACCACUCGCACCACCACCACAAGCACGCGCGGCAGGGGGGCGCCGUCGUCGUCGACAGCCUGGAGGCGUGUCUGCGCGACGCGGGCGAGGUCGUGCAGGCGCGGCUGGACGCCAACGAGGUCGUUGAGCUGGGCGAGCUCGUCAUGCUCAAGCGCGAUGCUGAGAAGCGGCGGUUGGAGCAGGAGCGGCAGCGCACGCAGCAUCGCAGGCAGGCGAGCGGGGCGAGCGUCGCGUCGGCGCAUUCGCAUAAGAGCGGCGAUAGCGGUGUUGGCGUCGAGGUCAAUGAUAGCGCUGCUACGCCCAAGGGCUCCGAGCAGCAUGAUGGCGGGCUGCGCGACUGGCUGGAGCGCGGGAACGUCAUUUAUAAGAGUGUGGGGCUGGGGCUGAUGGACGUGGUGGUUGGGGGGGAGUUGGUUGGGCUGGCGGACCGCAGGGGCUAUGGCACCCAGAUUGAGAAUUUUUGAGGCUGCGGGGUGGGGAGGGGUGCGAAUGGGCAAUGCUUGGGUAGGG